GCCAGACGAGCCAAGAACCUGAAGCGGCUCUCCUCACCCACUCGCUUCUCCACGACACACACACCAGCAGCCAAACCACGAGAUGAACUUGGCUAGAGUCAUGCGCACUGGGCUCUGUCGUUGGGUUGUUGUUACUGCCAAGCAGCAUUGUCAGCAGCAGCAGCUGAAAGCCGCCGUCGCUCUGAGGUCGUCGUCAUCUGCAGCAGCGGUAGUAGCGACAGAGCCGGACCGGGAACAGCCGCAACACCACCACCAUCGUCACGGAAAGGGUUCUUCUUCGCUCGCCCCCCCGCGUGAUGGUGCUGCUGUCGUCCCGCCACCUCUUGCAUGGAAAGUCCCCGCUGGUCAAGAGGCCUCGUCCGGUGUUGUCGGUCCUCGUCAACACGUGGUGUUGCCUCAGGACGACGAGCUACAGCUGCAGCACCAUCAGGUCGGCCCCGCGCCGCCCGGCGACUUGAGGCUGGUCGAGUUCAUGGAGCAGGUGAAGAUGGAGCUGUGGGAGUUCAGCGCGAUGCCUCUCCGGAAGCGGUUCCGCAUCCAGAGCCUCCUGAGACGGCUUCACACACCACCGCUGGAGACCUGGAGCCACGCGCUGGCGAGGGCUGCUGAAGAGGGUCCCCGACAUUUCACGAGGACGUUGCUCGCCAGGUAUCAGCCCACUUCGUCCCUUCCGGCACGAUUGGACGUCGACGCCCCCGGCUUCGACCUGCUGCUGCUCUGCUGGAGACCCGGGGCAAUGACAGACAUCCACGACCACCCCAAGACUGCCUGCUGGGUUUUGACAGGGGAGAUCAAGGAGACGCGGUACGCUCUCGCCCCCCCCGCCGACAGGGGAAUCACGAACGGCAACGGGGACGGCGGAGAGAACAUGGUCCAGACCUCCUCCGUCACCUGCACCCCCGGCGCGGUGACCUACAUCGAGGACUCGAUGGGGCUUCACAAGAUGGAAAACCCAAGCAGCACGGAGGAGUGCAUCUCGCUGCACCUCUAUUCGCCUGGGAUACUAGAGUGCACCACCUGGGCGGACGCUUUGUGCGGCAGCAAGCCCGUGAAAGCGCCCGUGUUUCUUGACGGCGAUUUAACCAAGAGGCAGAAGAAGCGGAGAUUCGACCUGCAGUAGCAGCCAGGCUCGCCAACAACGGAAGAGCUCUCUCAACACGUGAAAGCGGUGCGGGAUGAAGCGGGAGGUCAAAGUCAUAGGACGCGGGGGGGUACGCAAACGGGGCGGGGAAGGGAGGGGGUGUAAGUGGGGCUCGCAGAAGCACUCACUCGGCUCUUGUUGCGUGUGCUGGUGCAAGUUUCCUAGCGAGUAGCAAGCAAGCAACCGAAGAUUACGGGCUGAGUGGCCUAUCCUGUCGCGACGUUUCGCCUUGGUCAGCAUUUAACUGGUGCUGUGGUCAUCAAUGUGAGAUGUAUUGUUGUAUUGACGUAGUAGGUGCCGUGGUUGUUAUGUGUUUGUCGUUCAUGGGGGCAUCCGUCCGUGUUUCGCGUCUUCGCCGCCAAAAGGUGGUUCCAUCUACGGUGUUCACAGAAUAACUUGCGUUUCGUUAGCACGUGCGUUUCGUUUGACUGUGUGAUGUGAUGUUUGCACACCCAUUUACUUGAUGAGUGUGGUGUUUCGGAAUCGUUAAUUUUGUCUAGUAUCCCUGUGUUUCGUAUGCGGUGACGCUCGCGUAUAAGCCGCCGUGGCAGUAACUUCAAGGGUGUCGAUGUAAACCGAUGUGCGUGACACGUGUGCAUAAUUCUGGAAAUAUUUGGUGUUGCACGUCGCCGGUCCGGUGUUGUCGUAAAUCCCCUUUGAUACAUGUCUGGUCGUUUUUCGUCGUUUCGCGAUGUCGGAGGGAGGAACGCCUCCUUUCGUGCUGUUCGUGUCAUCGGAGCAUGCCGUGGCUAGUGUUGUCGGAACGUAAACGAAGAGUUGGGGGAAGUACGUGUAGCGGCG